AGUGCACAGCUAGCUGAUUCGACUGUAGGCCUACAUGUUUUGUAGCAGCGCAGCUGAAUAUUGCAUUGGUGGACUGUUUUUGUUUGAGAGAAACAAUACUCUUUGAAUUUACAUGUUAAUUUCAGUCAGAUCAUGGAUAUCUCUGACACAGGCACAGAAUAUCUACCUGAUUGCUGGGAAGAUGAUGAACGAAUGGGAUAUCUGUUUUCCAGAUUUCGUGAGAAUCGUCAAGUGAACCCUCGAGAUUGGGACAACAAAAUGAAAUUCUGGUCAGAACUUGUCUUGAAAUAUGGACAAACUCAAAGAACUCUUUUGUUUUCGAUGGAAGAUUUGACACAGAGAUUCAAGAGGAAAGGAGUGGUUCCACAGUGCAUCGGUGCUGUGAUAAAAGAAAUGAAUAGGAAGGGUCAAAUGAUAAGCGAAGAAGAUUUAAAAGUAGGUACAACAUGGUUGUCGUGGGGAGUCGACACCUUUGUUCGAAGGCCGUGGAGAUGGACUUCAGCUACUUUCUUCCAACAGACGAACGAGCCUCCUACAGGAAUCUUUGUAUCAUCUGAGUUAUUAAAGGAGUUUGGAGAAGCCCUUCUCAAGAGACAUCACGAGGCUGUGCACUGUGAUAGUACUGACCAUAUAGUGGAAUACUCUGCUUUCAAGAAGAAGUGUUCAGACUUGUGUAAGGAUGAUGCUUCCUUUGAUCUCAUCUUAAUACAUCUUCAGAAAAGGAAACGGGUUCUUAUAACAACCGAUGACAAUACAAAGAUAAUUAAAUUUGCUUCCAGAGGUCAGAAAGCUGUGACACCUGUGACAUCUGUAGAACUUGGAACCCUGAGGUUAAAACAUACCAUCAACUCAAUGCAGUUGACGAUAGAGAAACUCUCACGAGCUAUCGAGCAAGAAGACAAGGAGACUAGACAGUAUCUAAGAAAAGGAAAGAAGAAUUCGGCAAAGAGUGCUCUAAAAAGGAAAAAGAUGGCUCAGAAAAAGUUAUCAAGUACAGAAUCAAUGCUGGAUGCCUUACGACAGCUUCAGGAAAAAUUGGAGUCGGUUGAAUCUGACAAAAUGGUAUUGGAUGCAUACCGGUAUGGUGCAAAAGCGCUGAAGAAAACCUUUGAUGAUAAUGGCCUCACACCUGAAUCUGUGGACGAUACAAUCUCUGAUGUUCAAGAGGUCAUGGAAAUGUGCAAUGAGAUAGACGACACCAUGGUGAGAGGAAACAGGUCCAUUGAUGAAACGGUUAGCUUCGGUGCUGAGAUAGACCAGGAUCUACUAGAACAGGAGCUAGAAUCACUCAUCAGCGGUGAUUUGGAUGUGUCAAUGGCCACAACUCCAUCCAAGUCUACAGAAGAAAGGAAAAGCAUGGCCAAAGAUACAAGUGGAACUAUGCUAGAUUUGCCAGAUGUGCCUUUGGAAUCACCUGCUGACCUCGAUUCCUCCUUCCAAAAGGAGAGUAUACCAAAGAGUGAAAUGGCAUUGUGACAGUGUUCUUAUAGGACACAAAGUACUGAUCAACAAAUCCUUACACUGUCUUUUUUGGGCACUGUGCAAGUAUUGUAUGCCAAUAACUUAAAUAUCAUCAUGUUCAGUUUUUGGUAAAUAGCCACUUGGUCUACACCCACUGGCCCGUAUUCUGAAGUCGGGUUUAACUUAAACUCAGGUUUAAAGUUAUGGUUUAAGUAUGGAAAGCCAAUUUUUACAUAAAUCACUAACAGUAGAGAUAUCAUAUUUCAGCUUCUUUGGCUCUCAAAUCAUUCAUAAUUAUCUAAGAAGUAUAAAUAGAUGAUUGUCUUCACCAUCAAUAAAUCAGGAAAGAGCACAGUAAAAAUAAGAAACAUACAACUUAAUACAAAUUUUGACACUCUUGGCUCUCCAUAAUUUUAGCACAGAGUUAGACCAUGAUCUAAGUUAAACCUGACGUCAGAAUACGGGCCACUAUGUCUACAUUCCUUUUGGUCCCAUCCCACAUGGACUAAUCCUAGUUAAUCUCCAGUUGUGCUAAAAGUUUGUGAACCCACCACAAAAUGCCCUCCUUCAUGAGUGUUGAAUGUAGACAACAGCACUACAAUGUUCAGGAAGCCCAGAGAAACAUACUUUAUUGAAUGUAAUGUUUUAUCCCCCGACUUCACAAUUAAAUAUCUAAAACAUGACGGAAAGUUCACUUUAAGCAUGUUCAUUUCUGUUAGGGUUCACUAACUUUUAAGCACCACUAAUUAUUGGAAUUUUUACCCAAAUUUUAUUCUGGCUUUAAUGCAACUCAAAUUGUCAAGCUUUAUGGUUUUGAAAACACUAGCUUUCUAUUCUUCUGGUAUAUCUGAAGCCUGUCUUUAAUACAGACAAACUCAAGCUAUAAAUCUAUUCAUGAGUGCUGUAAGACACACAACGGUGUGUAUCUUAGCUUACAAGUCUUUUUCUAUCUGUUCAAAUUAAAACCACUUUUAUAUCUUAUUCUUGGAGGAUUUCUUCAAAUCCUCACAUUUUUGGAUAUGCAUGAAUUGUUCGAGGAUGUGUAAGCCAGGUUAACUGUUAAAACCUGUUUUACGGUGACAUGCAGACAGGGUAUUAAUCAUGUCUUAACCUGAUUCAUUGCAGUCUUAAAUAUCAAUCCUAUUAUGAUGGCUUGGAUAUGUAUUAAUCUCUAAGUUUCCUAUUCUGAAUUAAAGAUUGGGGUGUUGCAAGAAACUUGCGAUCAAUUGCAAGUCUAUUUUUGGUCCCUAAAUCAAUCAUUUGUCUUGUAGUUAAUUGCAAAUUAGUGAUUGAUUGCUAAUCUGUUCCUUGAAACAAGAAGUUUAAUCUGAUUUGCUUCAGCUAACAUUGAUCUAUCAGUUGUAAAAUUGCAACUGAAUAUUUGCAAUUGAUAGCAAAUAUUUUUUUGCAACACCCCCUGCGGUCUUAAAUAUCAAUCCUAUUAUGAGGUCUUGGAUAUGUAUUAAUUAAAGAUUAUACUGUCCCAGUCACACAAGUCAAACUGACCAAAGAUAUGUCUUUCAAAAUGACAUGCAUCUGGGGAACAUUUCAUGAAAGGACUAGUCAGACUUUUUAUCCGACAGUUUCCAUAGUAACAUUGAUUCUAAGUUAAGCAAACUCAAGGAAAGUUGUCAGGGCCCAAUCUUACAAAGAGUUGCAAUUGAUCCAAUCAAUCGUAACUCUUUGGAAAUCCGUGUCAUAAUUUUUUGUACAGAAAAUUUGCAAACUGUCCUUUGUAAACAAAGGAGAUCACACCAAAUUGUCAAGAAAUCAAUGAAUUUCUGGAUAUACAUUCAUAUCUAGAAUUUUUUUUUAACAAACAUGCAUUUUAUAUGUUGACUUUGCUGGCUUUCCAUAGUUGCGAUUGAUCAGAUCAAUCGCAACUCUUUGUAAGACGGGCCCCAGACAAAAAUGUUUAUUACUUUCAUUGGUGCAACUGCCACAGUAUCUUUUAAUCUAUGGGUUCGUGGAAGCCAAAUGUGACAGAAACAUUGGCUUGUAUGGGUUCAAUUCAGAAAAAAAAUUGUAUGCCAACUAGUGACGGCUGUUUAGAAUUAGAAAUAAAACAAAAUAUUGUGAUUUUGGCAAUCUAGUAUAAGUCAGAUCUAGAGGUCUAAAAUUUAAGGAGCAUAUUCAUGUUAAAUAUUGCUUUUGACACUCUUAGUCUUAGGCUUGCCGCUACUCAUACUUAUGACCCUGGGGGGGGGGGGCACUCAGUAUAUAAUGCAUAGUGGGUAUGUGCCGCGGAGGGGACCCCCAUUUUUACACUCAAAUUUCCGUUCCAAGGCAUAGCAUUUUUGUCUUAUUGAGAAAAAGAACAAAGAAAGCCGCUCCAAAGCAUAGCAUUUUCUUCUUAUCGAG